AACUUUUUGCUUCGUCUACACACACCGUACACAACAGUUUAACGCUCUAUAAAUUUGUCUUAAUAAUAUUAUUAAAUACUAUAUUCAAAUAAAUAUUAAAAAGUUUGUCUUUAAAUAGAUAAUAUACAUAUUUUUUCAUUAACAUAUACAUACAUAUUUCUUUGGUUUUGCUAUUUAAAAAUAAUAAGAACUACUUAACAAAAAUGGUGCGUGUUACAGAGGAUCUAUUUGGAACAGCGAUUAAUCCGACCAACAAACAAUCGGAGCAAAUAAAGCGUUUUACCUUGCAAAAUGAUAUGAAAAUGAAAGUACAGGUUAUUACUUUGGGUGCCACCAUAACUAGUAUCCAAGUACCGGAUGCAAAUGGCCAUGUGGAUGACAUCGCACUGGGUUACGAUGAUAUUUCAGGUUACCAAACUUCAAGUAAUCCAUAUUUUGGUGCAACUGUGGGUCGAGUUUGUAAUCGCAUUGCCAACGGUCGGUUUCCAUUGAAGGGUCAAGAGAUACAGGUCUCUCGUAAUUUCAACAAUAAACAUCAAUUGCAUGGUGGUUUCGUUGGUUUCGACAAGGUCCAUUGGCAGGUGGAAGCCGUACACCAAGAUGGCAUAACACUCAAACACUGUUCACCGGAUGGUCAUGAAGGAUAUCCGGGCCAAGUAACCGCAACGGUGAAAUUCACAUUGACCGAGGACAAUUGUCUGCAUGUGCAAAUGCAAGCAGAGACAACUAAAGUUACGGCUGUCAAUAUGACAAAUCAUUCGUAUUUCAAUUUGGCCGGACAUAAUGCCGGCCAGGAAGCAAUUUACGAGCACACAAUCAUGAUUAAAGCUGACAAAAUAACUGAAACUGAUGCAGAGUCCAUACCAACGGGUAAUUUGAAGAAUGUCGAAGGCACUUUGUACGAUUUGCGAACAAUGAGAAAUUUGGGCGAACAAAUAAAGAAACUUUUGCCUGCCACCAAUGGUUAUGAUGACAACUAUUGUGUGGAAACAAACACUGAUGGCACAAGUGUCAGCUUAAUAGCCAAAGCUUAUCAUCCAAAAACCGGAAGAUGGUUAGAAAUUGCCAGUAAUCAACCAGGCGUGCAGUUUUAUACGGCAAAUUAUAUGCCCGAUACAACCAAAGGAGAGACACCCCUACAAGGCAAAAGUCAUUCUCAGUAUGUUAAACAAGGUGCCUUUUGUUUGGAGACACAAAAGUAUCCCGAUGCUGUCAAUCAUCCCAAUUUCCCAUCGAUCAUUUUAAAUCCGGGUGAAUGUUAUAACCACGAAGUGAUUUACAAAUUUGGCACAUGUCGCAAUGGUGGCUGCAAACACUGAGAGACGAAUAAACAAAACAAACGAAAAGAAGACAAAAUCACAAAAUAAACAAACAAAGGAGCAGCAAUAGAAACAAUACAAACACCAGCAAAAAUGCGUGCAAAUGGCACGGGUGACAUGUCAAAAUAGAUUUAACCCUAAUGAUGAAAUUUAUUAUUGCUUAAUUUAUGUUGUUCUCUUCGUACUUUUACGCACAAUACAAUAAAACACACAAUCUCAAAAUUAAA